CGUGUGUCAACCAGCGCAGAUCACGUGAUUGAUGACGUAUGACGCGCCAAAUGCAUCACUCACCUGAACCAGGUUUCAGAUCUCAGGUGUGUUUGAUCAGAAGGGCGCGCUGUUGUCUAUAAAUACAGAUGAAUCCCAAACAACGUUUCCCGACCAGUUCUGUUGUUUCCCGUGUAUCGUAAGAAUCAACGUCAUGGCACCCGGUAAAAAACGUUCUGUGGCUUGGGAUCAUUUCAACUUGAUUUCUCCAAAUAAGGUGCAAUGUUUGAUUUGCAAACAUGAAUUUGCAUUUAAUGAUAGUACAUCCUCCAUGAUGCGACAUCUCAGCUCCGUUCAUCAUGUUGAAACUCCGCAGUCGGCAAAUCAAGCCUUCAAUCCACCUCAUAUUGUGUCAAGAAAGCAAGAACUUGAUUCUGCAUUGGUGGAUAUGAUUGUAAUGGAUGCACAACCAUUUUCAAUUGUUGAAGAGAAAGGCUUCAAGGCUUUUGUCAACCUUUUGGACCCAUCCUACAUAAUUCCUAAUAGGAAGGCCUUGAGGACAAUGGUGGAGGAGAAGUACAAAGCCAAAAAGGAGAAGGCUUUAGAUGUAGUUACCAGGGCCUCUGCUGUCAGCCUUACAGCAGACAUGUGGACAUCCAUUAACAUGGACGCUUACUUGGCUGUAACAUGCCAUUUUAUCACCGAGGAGGUAGGUAUCCCCUGCUUUGUGCAAUGCUUUGGUUUAUGUAUCUUAGUUUGA